UUUUGUCUUCAGUCUGCUGUGGGUCACGACUACCAGAGCAAACUGUCCAAGCAUUGCUCCCAGACCGACACGUCCAAAGGCUUCGGAGGGAAGUACGGCGUCCAGGCCGACCGCGUCGACAAGUCGGCCGUCGGCUUUGAAUACGCUGGGAAGACGGAGAAACACGCGUCGCAGAAAGACUACACCACGGGGUUCGGCGGGCGGUACGGCGUUCAGGCGGAUCGGGUCGACCAGAGCGCGGUCGGCUUCGACUAUCAAGGCAAGACGGAGAAACACGAGUCACAGAAAGAUUACGCCAAAGGUUUCGGGGGGAAGUUCGGCGUUGAGACGGACAAAGUGGACAAGAGCGCCGUGGGCUUCGAGUACCAGGGCAAAACGGAGCGGCACGAGUCGCAGAAAGACUAUGUGAAAGGCUUUGGUGGGAAGUUCGGUGUUCAGACGGACCGGCAGGAUAAAUCGGCGCUGGGAUGGGAUCACCAGGAGAAGCUGCAGCUUCACGAAUCUCAGAAAGACUAUAAGCGUGGGUUUGGAGGGCGGUAUGGGGUAGAGGUGGAGAGGCGGGACCGCUGUGCUCUGGGCUAUGAGCACAAGGAGAACCUGGCCAAGCACGAGUCCCAGAAAGAUUAUUCCAAAGGAUUCGGAGGGAAGUUUGGCGUCCAGGACGACCGCAUGGACAAGAGUGCCGGGAAGUUUGAGGACGUGGAGAAGCCGACGCCGUCCUACCAGAAAACCAAACCUGUGGAAGCUGCAGGCAGCAGCACAGGAAGCAUCAAGGCUCGCUUCGAGAACAUCGCCAAGCAGAAGGAGGAGGAGGACCGGCGGCGGGCCGAGGAGGAGCGGGCGCGCCGCCACGCCAAGGAGCAGCAGGAGCAGGAGGAGGCGCGGCGGAAAGUGGAGCGGCCGCCGUCCCCUGCCCACGCUACCACUCCCAGCCCCAUUCCCAGCCCCACUCCCCCGGUCCAGCCUGCCGCAGAGCUCCAGAACUCUCAGAGCGAAGCUGCAAACGACGAGCCGCUGUACGAGGAGACGCAGGAAGCCCAGGACGCCUACGAGCAGCCGGACCUGUACCAGAACCCCGACGAGGCUGCGGCUCCAGCAGAUGUGCAGCAGUACGAGUACGGAGACGACCUCGGCGUGACGGCUGUGGCUCUCUACGACUACCAAGCAGCCGGUGACGACGAGAUUUCCUUCGACCCCGAUGACGUCAUCACCAACAUCGAGAUGAUCGAUGAGGGCUGGUGGCGCGGCGUCUGCAGGGGCGCCUACGGCCUCUUCCCGGCCAACUACGUGGAGGUCCGGCAGUGACUCCGCCCCCUGACUCCGCCCCCUGUCUCCACCUGGGAGUGAGUCCUCCCUCCGCCUGCAGCCGGUUAAAGCAGAGACGUUUUCAGAGUUUCUAUCUUUUGUCCCUGAAGAAUCAGGCCGAGCCUUGAACUCGCCCUGUAGAGUAUUAUCAUGUUUGGAAUCAUGUCCUGUUUGAUCAUUUUUAAACUUAUUUCUGUUCGUUUCGCUGCUUCGAAUGUUUCGGUGUCUGUUUUAGUUUCUUCUGUCUUAAUGUUUCUUCGCCACCAGGGGGCGCCUGCUGCCGGCGUCCGGCUGCUCUGAGGGAACAAAGCUCCGACUUUAAUUCAUCUCUGGGUUUUCUAAUAAAAGUGACCUUUUCAAAUGGAUUAUUUUUAUCUGUUGGCUUCAGUCACAUCAUUACCUGCUUUUUCAUUUUCUUUUUUUUUAUUUUUAUGUUUCAAUAAAUAAAGUAUGAACAAUUAAUA